UUCCGCUGGUAAAGGCUUCAAUUUGGUGGAACUGUUCCGUUGGAUCUCAUUUCUUCUCGUGAUCAACUUUGUUCUAUCGUAUUUCGUGACUGAGUCUUGGCUGUGGGGACACAAGGGAAAAUGGACCAACAUCAACAGAUACAAGAUGAUGUUUAAAACGCCUUUGAACCUUACCGAGCAGCAGCUGGCGCUAUACGAUGGCGCAGAUCUGUCCUUGCCUAUUUACGUCGCUAUCAAUGGGAGCGUAUUUGAUGUGUCUGCAAACCCAAGAAUCUAUGGAAAGGGCGGAGCUUACAACUUCUUCACCGGCAAAGACUGCGCUAGAGCGUACAUCACCGGUUGCUUCUCGCAAGACCAGACUCAUGACUUGCGUGGAAUUCCCGAAGAGAGGCAGGAGGAGCUCAAAGGUUGGCUCAAGUUCUACAACGAGCAUCCUGUCUACUACAAGGUUGGACACGUCAACCAUCCCAAGAUCGACCCAGCGUCCCCCAUUCCUCCCGAGUGCAGGCCCGAGAAGCCUAUGGGAGUAUAGUAGGGAAGAUGGAU